AAAUUGUUCUUCCGAUUAAUUGUGAAUAAGCGACCGCGGGAUUUUAAUUCGUUGAAUGUUUGCGUACGAAUUUUAUUUAAUUCUUUAACGUAAUAGAAGUCUAUAAUAAAUCUAAUGCCUUUCGCGAAUUUUAAAUCUGUUCGUGAAGUAAGCAGUGAAGAUUGUAAAUAUCCCGCCGAAAAUUUACUUAAACAACCAUCAAAAAAAUGGAAAACUAAGUCGGUCGGCGAAAGACUUGCAUAUGUCAUUCUUGAACUAAAUGAACCACAAACGAUUACCGGUAUUGAUAUUGGAAAUGAACAUUCAGCAUUCAUAGAAGUUUUGGUCAGCAAAACAAGUUGCAACGCAAAAGAUUUUACUGACAUUUUGGUGACAUGUUCUUUCAUGACGCUUAUUGAGAGCAAAAAUUCCACAAACCCUAACCGAGUACGUUGCUUCAAUAAAGAUGCGUUAGUCUCUACGGCUGGAUCUGAAAAGUGGCAAUUUAUUAAAAUAAUUUGCACACAGCCAUUUAACAAACAUAUACAAUAUGGAAUUUCUUUUAUUAAAAUACACGUGGAGUCAGACAUUGAAAAAAGUAAAGUGUCGAUAGCGAAGGUAAGUGAACCAAAAGGCAUUGGUAUGAAAAAUUCGUCUGCGUCUCUGAAUACAUCAUCAUUGGGAAUAUUUAAAUUACGUGAAGAAUCUCCGGAGUCCGAUUCAGAAAUUUCAACAUCACUAUUUAAACGAUGGAAAGCUUCUGAGUUAAGUGAUAUUAAACAUACUCCACAAGAGAGUGUAACGCCGAGAAAACCAUCAUGCCUUACCUACAAUUCUGACAGGAUUUUUAAUGCAUGCUCAAGUCAGUCAGUGAAGCCGAACCAGCAAAAGGAUGAAGAAGAUUUAAAAAAUAGAAAAUCCCCUCAAUGUUUAGAUCGAAAUCGCCAAGAUCUUGCCUUCGGCAAUGAGGAAAAGAUUGUGGACGAAGAAGUUCGAAAGAAAAGACAGCGAUUGUCGGAAAGCAUCGAACUUGAACGUGAGCAAAUGCGUCCUAAAAAUGAUAACUUGAAAAUUCAAAAAGAAAAUAAGAAGGCUGUAUUAACUAGCACACAGUUAGUUAACGUGAAAAGCCCCGUUUUCGACAAUAAAAUAAUUUCUAAUACAAAAAAUAAAGGUGAUGCGUGUAGUAAAAAGGAUGUUAAAGAUAGAAUAUAUCGACUUUUUAAUCAACUGCUGAAAGGUACAGUUUUGGUAAUCAGCGGAAUACAAAAUCCGGACCGCUCGAAUCUUCGCGAUAUGGCUCUAGCAAUGGGUGCUAAAUACAGGGCUGAUUGGGAAUCUGGUUGUACUCAUUUAAUAUGUGCAUUCAAGAAUACUCCAAAGUAUAACCAAGUAAAAGGUAAGGGUAAAAUAGUUACUCGCUCUUGGAUAGAAGACUGUAACAAGCAGAAAAAAUGUUUGCCAUGGCGAAGAUAUGCACUAAAUGGCAGUGAUCUUAAUCAACCCGAAAGUGAGGAGGAGGUGCUUGACGAAUCCCUCAGGCCAAAUGCAUUACCUGUCGUCAAAAAUAACUCCAAAAAUGUCGACGUAAAUACUACAGAUUCUCUUCAUUCUGCGCGCAGUAGCAAUGAAAUUAUUUCGACAAUAUCGUCAGGAAGCGAUACAGAGGACGAUAUUGAACGAGUUUUGCAGAAUAAGCGUUCGCACUGCACAGCUGAGGCCAAUGAAACAAGGAGCGCUUUCGAUGCGUCCACCGAAGAAGAAGACUUUUUAGCUAAGAAGGUGAAAAUCGAGGCAAAUUUAAAAGGCGGAAUGAUUUUGAAAGGGUUGGUAUUUUUUAUUUGCGAGGAUAUAACGUCUGCGGAAAGAAAAAUUGUUGAGAAUUUAAUAAAAACAAAUGGCGGCACAAUAUCAUUUGAGAUGAAUGAAGCUCAGUAUCUGAUAUCAAAUGGGCUGUCGACGGACAAAAUUCGUUCGAAAUACGGUAGUUUAGUGAAGCCGGAUUGGAUUUAUGAAUGCAAUGAUAUGGAAAUUAAGGUUCCAAUAAAUAAGUAUCUUUGUAAAUAAAAAACUUUAAAAAUUUACACUCAGAAACCGGUUUUCAAAUUGAAAUUUACUAAAGUAAGCCUAGUUCACUAUCAUAUCUUACACUUGUCAUCUAAUACUGUCCUUUACAAAUAUGACAAUUACCCAAAUGUAAAUUAUAUUUUCGCUCAAAUUAAUUCCAAAAAACCUUAGUUGCUUCUUUGACUUCAAAUAAAUAUCGAAAACUUUA